AUGACAGACAUUCAAAAACAAUUAUUUCAAAAGAAUAUAAAGAGAGUCAAUACAAUUCUUAAAAUUACGGGAUUAUUUCUGAAUGAAUAUGAAGAAAAACUUAACUUAAAAAUUUAUUUUAAGCAAAGAUGGUUCUUUUGUCUUAAUUUUUUGUGUAUAUUCUAUGAUGUAAUAAGUCAAAUAACAUGGCUUGUGCAAAAGUUUUAUACAGGAAUUUCUUUAGUUGAACUAACGUAUUCGGGACCGUGUCUUGCUAUUUGCAUUCUAGGAUGUUUCAAAUCGUAUUAUUUUAUAAAAAAUAUGCCACACAUUUAUAAAUUUAUUAAAACAUUAAGUGUUUUAUAUUAUGUUGAAAGAAACCAAAUGACAGAUAUGAAUAAAAGAAUUGAAGAUUAUAUGCAAUACCGUGUUAAGUUUCUUAGUAUAGGUCUGUAUACGUUAUCUUUUUUUGAUGGUCUUGGUAUAAUUACAUUUGGCGUUGGUCCCAUUUUAAUAUCCUUUUCGAAUUACUACGCAACUGGCAAUCUGCACCUUCUUUUACCAUUUUUCCUAGCGUAUCCCUUUGACUCUUCUGACAUUCGUUACUGGCCGAUCGCAUAUGUUCAUCAAAUAUGGUCUGCGAUUGUUGCGGUUUUUACUGUUCUGGGGCCAGAUAACUUCUUCUACACUUCGUGUGUUCUCCUCGACGUACAAUUUUUUCAAUUAAAACAUGAAAUUGAGAGCAUUUUUGACUACGACGACCUAACAUUAAAUAAUUUUAGGUUUAAAUUGAAAGAUAUAGUUGAUCGCCAUCGAGAGCUUUUACGUUGUGUGAACUUAUUGGAUUCAGCAUUUUCGAAGUCUUCACUCUGCAACAUUCUAACAAGUUCUCUGCUCAUUUGCUUCACUGGAUUUAAUGUCAUGGCAUACGACAAUCUGCUCGUCGUGAUACCCUUUAUUUCAUUUUUAUUUAUGGUGAUUGGACAAAUAUAUUUACUAUGUUAUUACGGUGACCUUAUUCUGAAAUCAAGCGCAGAAAUAAGCAACGCAGUGUACAAUUGUGGAUGGUAUAAAGUAAAAUCAACCGUUGUAAAAAAUCUAAUGAUUAUAUCUUAUAGAGCUCAGAAGCCAUGCAAAUUGACCUCAUUCGGUUUUGCCGAUAUCAACAUUGUAGUAUUCACAAAGAUAAUGAGCAGGUCUUGGUCCUACUUCGCUUUGCUGUGGUCGUUUCAUCGAAAUGACCUACAGUAA